AUGUCUAGCCAUCACGACGGAUACUACGACACCAUCGGCUCCUCGCGAUCACCAACCGGCCAGCACCAACAACAGCAACAUCAGAGUCUCCAUCGAGCCUCUUCAAGGCAUUUUGAAACAUUUGCUUCACAGAGUGGCCUUUACACUGCCGAAGACCACGCCGCAAGGUUCGACUCUCGUUAUGGCGAUUCUUCUCGUUUAGGUGCGGUCACUGGGUACGGGUACGAUUCAGGGGCGCAGACUUGGAAUGCAAGUAGUUUUGGAGGUGGUGGUGCAUUGGCUGCUAUGGGUGGCGCUACUGGCAGGAUCAAGACCCCAUCAAGGCAACGUAGUGCUUUACCAGCGAUGUGGACUGAUACCGCGCCCGUAUCUUUGCCCACGGUUUCGCCACUUGCCGGUAUGGGGAAUAUUCCGUUGGGCCCGUCCCCUAUGAGAACUGAGACUGUUGGAUCGGAUCCCGACGAGGAGUUGAUACCUACAGCGAUCGUAAUCAAAAAUAUCCCAUUUGCUGUCAAGAAGGAACAACUGGUGCAAUUGAUGACAGAGCUUAACUUGCCACUUCCGUAUGCAUUCAACUAUCACUUCGACAAUGGUGUUUUUAGGGGCCUUGCGUUCGCAAAUUUUACAACCGCCGAAGAAACAGCAGCUGUAAUUGAUAUCUUGAAUCAUUUCGAUCUUCAGGGCCGGAAGCUUAGAGUAGAAUACAAAAAGAUGUUGCCCUUGGUUGAAAGGGAGCGAAUUGAAAGGGAGAAGAGAGAAAGGAGAGGACAGUUGGAGGAACAGCAUCGGCCUGUGCAGAUGCAGCAGCAACAGCCUAUCAUCCCUCUAUCUACUUCACCUUCUCCCAGCGCUUCUCGGACACUUCCAGACGUAGACUUGAACGAUCCACAGACUCUGCAGUUCUACUCACAGCUCCUGCUGUUCCGCGACGAUCUUUCCCGAGAGGCUCUUAUUUUUCCGUCGACGCUUUCUCCGCAGCAACGUCGCAUCGUGCACACCCUUGCACAUCACAUGGCCUUGGCACACGUUUCUCGUGGUACUGGUGAACAGCGCCAAGUGCAUGUUUUCCGUGCCCCAAUUUCAGGGACCCCAAGCAUAAGCCCACCGUCGAUUCCCACGACCGUUCAUCCUGUGGAAUCGCAUCAGCGACGAGUGCUGACUAGGGCGACUACUAUGGAUUUCAGUGAUGCUCGCUCAGAAGGAGCGGGAAUGUAUUCAACAAUAGGUCGUCACGGAAAUUCUCUAUUGGACAUUCCAUCUUCGCCUUCUGGCAGAGGAGAUAUGCAUAGCCGACAGAAUCUUCGUGCCGCAAAAUCGUUUGCUGACUUGCGAUCCUAUACUCCGUCGCCUGUGCCUUCUUCUGCUAGCUUUCCUGCCGCUCUCGGAGGCAAUAUUUCUCGGUACACGGACUAUGGUGCCAGCGUUACUUCUACUACUCCGAGUUUGACGCCAACUGCGACAGGAACUACCGUGUCUGCUUCUAAUGCUAGUGAGUCGUUACUUGUGAAUGGACUUGCUGGAGUGUCGCUUACGUCCUCCUUGGGUGGUAAUCUCGGUGUCGGUGGAGCGAGCCUUCGAGACCCACUGGAUCCUAGGGGUGUUUUGAAUUUUGAUAGAGAACGACAAAACGGAAGGGACGGCAAUCACGAUGUUUCAACGCCUGUUAGUGCUGGUAGUAGUAAUGGAGGUGUGUCAACAAGGGGAUAUGGAGGUAUGUCGCCGUACAGCGAUGAACCGACGUCAGCAUCUUCGAUGAGAAGCGAGAGGGAGAGAGGCCAGGUAGUGCCUUCUAGACAACCAAGAGGACCGGAUCCGGAUAGAAAUGCGGGGUUUGCGUCCAGGAGGCAGCAUCGUGGGGGUUCUGGGGAGUUGGAUGUCCAGUCAGGUGUUGAGAUCGUGGUUGAAUAG